AUUCCUAACACUUAAAGUGACUAUUUCUGAUAUCAUUAGUCACUUGGAACCUUGCCUUGUAUACUUAUGCCAUCCCUAAGUAUGUAAGGUCGGUAGGAGCGCGCAUCGAAUUUCAAUGUGUUAACUAUUGUCUAUAAAAGCGAUGCGCAUGCGCCGGUUAACGUACGAAACUCAACGAAAAUGAAGGAAUUGUUGGCUGUGAUUUCGUUGAUAGUAAGUGGGGCGUUAGCUGAGCCCCCGGCGCCCUACGCGCCGAGUGGCUGGAGGCCUGAAGGACCAGCCUUCGAGUUACCACAGAGGGGACAAGCACAGCAGCCAUCACAAUACCUGCCUCCAACACCUCUUGACCCUCGCAACCCUGGGUUUCCCAACGAGAACCCUGAAGAGGACGUCUCCGUCCAAGGCUUGCCAGUCCAAGAGGAGACUCCUUUCUUCCAGAGGUCCCCUGUCAACGGACAGCAAAAUGUAGGACCAACCUUUAAAUCUGACAUCCAGAAUUUGGACCAGGGUUUCAAACAGACACAGUUCCAGCAACAACAGCAACGGUACCGUGAAUUCGAAAGACAGAAGCAGUUAGACGCUCAAAGCAAAGCCAACAGGCUGCCAAGACCACAGAUACCAGUCCAAUUCGCACCACGAACAACUACGACAACAGAAUCCAGUACCACUGAGGCCACCACACAAGCUUCCACCACAGAAAUAAACCUCAACGAGGGAGAAACUCUUGAGGAUCCUCAACCACCUAAAGUAGCCGUAGAGGUUGCGAAGCAGAAGAUACAGGAAUAUCCAGGAGAGCUAUUCCUGAGUUCCUUAGCUCAGCUUCAAUUGCAGCCUCAGUUCGUUCCCCUACAAUUUGGACAGCUCAGAGCUCCUGUGUUCGUUCAGGGUCAGUCGCAGAAGCAAGUCGCAGGAUUUGAUGCUCAGACCCACUUCGCAGCGCUUCCCUCAAUUUUAGCCCAGCAACGGCUUCAAGAGCAAGGUUUCCAGAGUCCUGCGCUGCUGGUUGCCGGACGUCCUGGUGUUCAACCUGUGACUGCGUAUCAACCACAGCCACAAUUGCAGGCUGAGCCUGUAGAAGCUGUCCAGCCUCAGGUUUUCUACGGUCAACCAAGCGCUGAGCCUCAGUACCAAACUGCUAACGCUUUCCCCCAGCAACCACAAUUGCAAACUGUGCCUCAGUUUUCCGCGCAACCAGUAAUUGUACAGCCUCAGGAUACUAACCAACUUCAACCAGCUCAGUACCAACCUCAACAAGUUGGACAAUUUCAACCUCAGACUGUCCAAUUUCAACCCGAACAAGUUCAAUACCAACCUCAGACUGUCCAAUUCCAGCCCGAGCAAGUUCAAUACCAACCUCAGGGAGCUCAAUUUCAACCCCAGCCUGCUCAGUUUCAACCACAAGCAGCAUACCAACCUCAAACUGUUCAGUUUCAACCCCAACCCGCUCAAUUCCAACCUCAACCAGCUCAAUUCCAGCCCCAACCUGCUCAAUUCCAACCUCAGCCAGCUCAAUACCAGCCCCAAUCCAACCAAGAAAAUCAAGACGUCGAAACUACUGAUAACGGCUCAAACCAACCCCAACUAUACCAGCAACCAUUCCUAGUUCAGCAACCCGCCGCUCAAUACCAACCACAAUUCCAAGCACAACCAGGAUUCAUCCAGGCUCAACUGAUCAACUAUCCUGGCCAAGACUUGACACAAUUCCAACAGCAGACCCAGUUUCCUGGUCAAUUCCAGCCUCAGAGUCAAAGUCCUGAUGCCCUACAGAGUGGUUUGGACGUGAACCAGCAAGGCAAUGAUAUUGAGGAGCAGGAUCAAGAAGAAGAGGGCCAAGAUGAAGGUAGAACAGCUACUGCCGUCGCCACGGCUUUUGGAGCAAGAACUCAACCCCGAGUUGUCUCCCAAUAUGGCGCUCCCUACCCGGCUCCUAAGGUCCGGACGGCACCCGGCUCUGCCCCCACCACGGAAUCUGCUGUUGAGGAGGUGACUGAACAAGGUCCCGUCGUCGCCCAAGCCGUGGCUAUUGCUGAUGGAAACAGGAAGAAGAGUUCUAAGCUAAGAAGCCGUCGCGUUCGCCCAAUCUUCACAUUGGAUAGAUCUGGACAUCUAGUAUUAGCUCAAGGACAAUAAACAAAGACUUACAGAAUAAUAACAAUGAAAGUCGUAAAUUUAAAGAAUAAGCUGUAAAGGAAAAUAAACCCUAUGUCUAAGCUGCGACAUUCCAUUUUCCGAUGAGCGCUAAAAUCCUAUAUGUAAAAUUUGAAGCCAAUUGAAAAAAUAUUUAGACCAAAAUAGUUAAAGUUGCAAAAACGAAUGUGAUAUUUUAAUUUAUUUAUUUGUUAUGACUACUCAGUAAAAUGUCGAAUCAUUUACUAUGGAAAGAACUGCUCUCAAUAUUCAUAAAAUAAUCAUCAUUUUGAUGCACUUACCGAAUACUCCUUGUUGUUGUAUAGAAACUGCUUGAAAAUAAAUAAUUUAUUCAAA